AUGGCAUGGCUCAAUUUCCCUGCAGUGGAGCUGGGUUUUUCGCUCAUCUUCCUCUGGAUAAUAUACAGAUUUCUGACAGCAAGCAAGAGAAACAAAGGAAAGUUGGGAUUGCCACCAGGGCCACGGCCAUGGCCACUAGUAGGCAAUCUCCAUCUCUUGGGAACCUUUCCUCCCAAGUCCGUGACUCAGCUCGGAAAAAAGUACGGACCCAUUAUGUUUCUACGCCUGGGCUCGGUACCCACGGUUGUGGCCUCUUCUCCUGCCAUGGCCAAAGAGUUUCUUAAAACCCAUGAUUUGAUCUUCGCCAGCAGACCAGCUACAUCGGGGGCCAAGUACCUGGGCUACGAGCGCAGAGACGUGGCGCUGGCCCCCUAUGGAGAAUACUGGCGGCAGAUGAGAAAGUUGUGCACGAUGGAAUUACUGACGACCAAGAGAACGGAGUCAUUCAGGUGGGUAAGAGAAGAAGAGGCGACAGCCAUGGUGAGAUCUGUGUGGGAAGGAAGUGAGAAGGGCAUGCGUUCCGUCGAACUGCGGAAUCUCAUCUCCACCCUCUCACUCAACACUAUCUGCAGAAUGUUUGCAGGCAGAAGAUACUCCGAACUGAGCGGAGGCGAUUCGUUUUUAGAGAUAAUGACUGAAAUUAUGCAUCUGUUGGGAGUAAUUAUUGUGGGGGACUACAUUCCCUCUCUUUCCUUUCUUGAUUUGCAAGGCUACCGCCGCCGUAUGAAGGCCGUUCAUAAAGCAUACGAUGCGUUUGCCGAGAAGCUGAUCGAUGAGCGCGUUGAGCUGAGGAGGAGGAGGAGUAAAAGGUCGGACAAUCCGGACCUUUUGGACGUGAUGCUGGACAUGGGUGAGAGCGAAAGUUCCGAGAUUCAAGAUAUGCUACUUGCUGGAGUAGACACAUCUCUUAUAACUAUAGAAUGGGCGAUGACUGAGCUGCUGAGAAACCCUAAAGUAAUGGCAAGGGCGCAACAAGAGAUUGAAUUGCAGGUUGGGAGAGAUCGCAUUGUAAGGGAGAGUGAUCUUGUAAACUUAGAUUACUUGCGGUGUGUGAUGAAGGAAACAUUUCGAUUACAUCCAGUAGGGGCCUUUAUGGUGCCACACGAAUCCACUGAGGGUUGCAAUGUGGGAGGAUAUUACGUUCCACCAAAAACAAGGUUGCUUGUGAAUGUUUGGGCAAUGGGAAGGGAUGAUUGUAUUUGGAAAGAUCCUUUAGAAUUCAAGCCUGAAAGAUUUAUUGGGUCAAGCAUAGAUCUGAAAGGCCAACACUUUGAAUUGUUGCCAUUCGGAGCAGGGAGGAGGGGAUGCCCCGGAAUGUCCAUGGGGAGUUCCGUUGUUCACUUGGCUGUGGCUCAGCUCAUACAUUGCUUUGAUUGGAGUGUGGAGGGUGAGGUGAAUAGGGAAGAAGAGUUUGGUUUGAGCUUACCUAAAAAGUUUCCUCUUUCUGCUCUUCCCUCCUGGAGGCUCGCCACUGAAGGGCCACCAUAGCCUUGGAUAGAGUUGAGAGAUAAACUAUUAAUAUAGACAAUAAAAACCAUCCCACCACUCUAACUGGGAAUAUAGGUUAUCACUGCCAUCUAGUAGUUGGCCAAUACUUAAGUCCUUUCCAGUACUGAAUAUUA